AUGCAGUUACUCUGGCUGUUUUUAUUUAUAGGAGUUGUUCAAGUGAGAAUUUAUUUUAUUGUUCAUAUAUGUACCUACUCUUAAUGUAGGUACCUAUUAUUAAUUAGACGUUUGCCUAUUAAUAAAAUACAUUCAGUACCAUCCUACUUAUACAAGGUGUUUUCCGUAAAAUACUAAUAUUAUUGCGGAAAAUGUUGAUUUGCUCACUCUUUCGUUUAAUCGUAAAACUACUACAUCUUAUUUUUGAUAUUUAAAUGAUAACGAGUAUACAAAAAUUUUACGAAUAAAUAAAGUUUAUAGUUAACAUAAAUUGCUUGUGUUGACUUUUUCUAUUUUCAAUAGUUCAUUGUCGAGAUUAUUAUACCAUUAUUUUUCAAUUUAUUUAGAUUAUGUCAGCGCCUCUAUUUGUUUUACUGAAGGAGGAAAUAGUGUUUCUCUCCCAUCCUGUGUUUAUAAAUUACAAUGCAAUUUAUUUUAGCAAAAACAAUGCAUUUUUUAAUAAUCUUGUUUUUUAUCCACGAUAAUAGUAAAUAAUCAUAUAAAUAAAAUCGUUCAAUAAUGUUAUCGUACAUCAUAGACAUAACUAUACGUAAUUCUAAGAUUACAAUUAAAGAUAUUUUAAUUAGUGGUUAUAAAUUUAUGAUAGUUGUGGGUACAAUAUUUAUCUUAUCAUCGUAUCAAACGCUGUCCACGACCAUGGUACUAAUGUUUGUUACUGAACAUAAUCAAAUUAGUUGAAUUUAUUUCAAUAAUAUCAUAAAUUAUUUGUUUUAUAAUUUAGGAUGUAAUUCGCAUUUUGCUAUCGAAUUAUAACAAUUUUUUAGUUUUACAAUGAUUAUUCAAUAUUUAUUUUGUAUUAUGUACGCUAUUUUUGUAAGUAACCUAUUUAGGUAUAAGUUGUUACUGUUUGUAUUAAUACAUUUUUGUUUUAAUAAUUUAAUCUUGAGUACCUAUUACUUAAUAUUAACCCUAAUACUGAUUUUUAUAUUGGGAGUGUGGGGGCGCCUUUUUUUUAUAGCUUAUAGAUUUUUAGUUUUAUCAUAGCCUGUUAAAUAUUAAAAAUAUUAAGAUUCGCUAUAUUAAAGACACUCUUACAAAUAAAGUACCCCCGGUGACCGCCCUGUUCACUCGUGCCCUAUAUAUAAUAAUGUUUGUAAUAAUUAUUUGCUAAAAUUACAUUUCAACAGUAGGUAAAUAUAUGUAUAUUAUAUAGAUUAUAAGUGGUACCUAAUACCUUGGUCCUUGAUACAUACAUACAUUGUAUGCAACGUAAAAUAGCGUAAGACACUCUUGGAAAGUGUAAUAUUUUUUCAGAACCAGUUUUUUAGAAAUUGUUAGAAACGAGUAGCUCUAAAAUGUCACAUAACCAUUAUUUUUUUUCACCCUAAUUUUUGGUGUGAUUAACCACUUUUGGUUUUCAAAUAGCAAUCUACGUUAAAUAUCCCAUAAAUAUAUGAAGGAUCAGUUUAAAAACAUUUUAGUGUAGACUUUUUUAAUUUCAAUUACCAUAUAAAUUAUGUUCCACUACUAUCCUCCGUUUUACAAAAUGCUGAAUUUAAAAGUGGAAUAUCUCGCCAACGGACUGACGAAAAUUAAAAAUAUCAACAUUAAAAUACUACCUAUUUAUGUGAGUUUUAAUAUAGGUUUCUAUGUUAGAAUUAAAAGUGGGUAGUGGUUUCACCCCUAAAAGUAAAGGUGACAAAAUAUAAUGGUGAUUUGAUUUUAUAGAGUUGCUUGUCUUUUAGAUUCUGAGUGGAGCAAAGUAUGUAUUGGUUUUACAAAGAUGUUUAUUAUUAUUUUUUUUUUAUGUGAACACUUUUUCUACCAGAAAGCUUAUUCCGAUGUACACAAUGUUAGACUUUUUUCUGAAAGGAAAUUUUCUUGGGAUGAUAAUAUAAGAAAGUCAUUUUUCGAUAUUCUCAGGAAUUUUCUCAUAAAAUGUGAAAAAUUGAAAAAAACCGGAAAAUGUGCGGGAAAUAGGUAUCAAUGGAAAAAUAUUUCGACAUUUUAUUCCUGUGAACAACUUUUCUACCAACAAUUUUUCUUCGAUUUACAAUGAUAGAUUUUACUAUAACAUGAAAAAUAUAUUGUUGACAAAGCAUCACUAUCAACUGAACUCCGCUCCGACUCAUUUUUAGUAAGCAAUGGUUUAUCGUUGCUUACAGAUACAAAUAAUUUUCCCUCUAUAGUCUACCUUCCCAACUUUUCUAUAACAAUAGUGCUCGCAUCCGUUGUAACUUAGUAUAGUUUUUUUUUUAUAAUUUCUAAAAAACAAGUUCCGAAGAAAGUUAAUACUUUCCGAGAUGAUGAGUGUCUAACAUUAUGUUGAUUACUCUACAUUCUAUUUGAAAUAAGAUUAAAUCGCUUGGACGAAGAAAGCGUUUCACAUUCGCAUAUCUCCCUAUUAGAUUUCUCUCACAGACCGCGUCUACUCUUUCUAAGAACAUUGGUGACAGCUAUGACGAUGUGGGCUGAUUAUUGGUGGUUUGUGUCGACUAUGUACGGUAAAUCAUAUAAUGCGUAAUUUCGUUUAAGGGAUUUGAACUCAAUCGCUGCUCAGCCUGCUUGAGUGAAAGCGGUUUAAUCUUAUUUUGAAUUAAGUAUAGCUCGGAGAAUUAUUAUUAUACCUAUUGAAUAUAUUGUUCUACAAUGUUACAUAUAAUAACACUACUUCCAAUAGUAUUUUCCAUUUAAACAAAUAUUGUUGUUUAAUCACUUAACUUAUGAGUUUAAUUUAGUGAUUUUCGAUACAAAUAUUUGAGUAUUAAUGAAACGUUUUACAUUUAUUUUAUUUAGUGCGAUGAUUUAUCCGAUAGUAGAGUCAUAUCAACAACUGAGUACAAUAGUUUGGCUUUACCAUGUGCUAUCGAAUAUAUUUCGGCGUAUACAGUUUCGGUCCAAACAGCAUAUAUCACAGCUUUCGAAUGUUUGACGUCUGCAAAUUAUUUUGUGAAUUAUGUACAAAGUGCUUUCAGUAAUUGUGAUACCUCAUCAUCGGUUGUUAGUAAUUCGCAUUCAGAGUUGAUGGCAUCACUGUCAGGCACAUCUGAUAAUAACGCUCUUCAGGGUAUCGAUGAUAUGAUAAAAGGAUUAAAAAAUGAUGAAUUUAAAGAAUGGAACGAAAGAAUAGAUGCUGUCGCUUUUAUGACAUGGAAUUAUUAUAGAAAACCAGACGUUAGCCCAACCGAUCCAGGGAUAAAACUUGGCGAUGCAGCUGAUGCAACUACUGCUAAAACUCUUCUUAUUACACGGCGAUUCGAAGCACGUAUGGAUCAAUUCAUGGCUGAAGCUAAAGCGUUAAAAGCAUUUUAUGUUAGUAAUAAAGUUGAAAUAGACGAGAAUAAUGUUAAUCAAGAGCAGUAUUCACAUCUUGUAUCCCAAUAUUUUCGUGCACGGGAAGAUAUAGUUAAAAAAAGUGCCGUGUUUACUGCAAUUAGAUAUGCAUUUAUGUAUGGCAUUGGAAUAAGUUUGUGUGACGGAUCAGCCCAACUUGAUGAAAAACUAUUGGUUAGUACAUAAUUUGUUAUUGUAAAAUCAAUUAUAUUAUUCAAUUAUCAUUGAAAAAUGUAUAAUUAUGAUUAUUGUUUUUUAGCAAAUUUAUAAAGCUCAAGAUUUAUCUACAUUUUUUGGUAUAAAUGAUUUGGAUUCGAUGAAGCUAUUUAGUCAAACUGUUACUCAUAUGUACAGCAUUUAUAAGAUUUCAUCAACUGUACUUUAUUUAAAUUCUGUAGGUCAUACACCUCGAGAAUUGUCACUCCGGAUUUUGUGUUGGGAACAACUGAAUUUAGUUCGAGCAAACUAUGAAGUUAUGUGUACACUUAUUCUGAAAUUUAUAGAAAUAACGCAGACGAACAUUGAACAAAAGUUUGGUAAAGAUACAGAAGAUAGUAAAAAGGCGAUGACAGAAUUAUUUUGCAGUGUAAGUAGAAUGCUGCUAGUCGCAGUGAAAACAACGGAAGUGGUGUAUAAACAAACGUGGUAUUAUAAACCAGAUGGGAGCAUGAUUACAACGAGUUAUAGUAGUGAAAAUGGCAUUGAUGUGAUUAGACAAUUUUAUGUACAAUUUACUUGGGAAAAUCCUAAUUUAAUGAGUUUUGACGUGCGUGUUAUCAAUAAAGAUAGCACUUCACUUCCAUCAUCAACUAUAAUCUUACCACAAGAUUUGUAUCAAUUGACAGUAAAUAAAUUAAUGAUACAGGCUUUUUUUUGUGAAAUAAAUUUUAUAAUUGUAAAAAUACAAACAUCGUUAAAUAAUGAUAAUAAUGAUUCGACAUCUUGGAUUUAUUAUUCAAUAACAUUAAAGGAAAUGGAAUUUGCAAUGAUAUUUGCAAAAUACACAGCAAUAUCAAAUAAAAUUAUGAUUAUAAAUACUUCAACAUAUGCGUAUCUUUUGGCAUACCACAGUAGCCAAGAUUCUGGAAAUACACCUGUUGUUGGUAGUGGUGGUAGCGGCAGUGGUGGUGGUACCGGUAGUGCAAGUGGUGGUGGUGGAGGGGGCGGUGGCGGCGGUGGCGGCGGUAGAAAUAACUCCAGCCCCACUGGAAUUAAUCUUGGAACUAAUUCAGAUACAAGUCCAGGAAACAAUCCAAACAUAAACCCAACACCAAACCCAGAUGGAAGUCCAGCUCCAAACCCAGAUACAAGCCCAACAUCAACUAGUCCAGGAGCCAGUCCUGGCACUAGCCUAGCUGGCUCAGAUAGCGUUAUCAGUGGUGGAGGCAACAGCGGGGGAGGAACUAAUCCAAAUACAAAUCCAGGAUCCAAUUCAGCUCCAUAUCCAGACUCAGGUCCAACACCAACUAGAGCGGACUUAAGCCUAGGAAAUGGUCCACAUGAUAUUUCAGUUGAUAAUAAAGAUGUGAGCACUCAAAUAACUGAAAUUAUGAAUGAAAAUUCAGUUGACAUAAUUGCAAUAUUGGCUAUACAUACUUCAGAUUUAAGUACAACGUUUCAAAAUGUUGAAACUCAUAUAAAUCAAAAUACUAAGCCAGUACUGGAAUCAAUAAAUUAUCAAAUUGGAAUGAUAGCAAUAACAGGUCAUGAUAAUAAUAUUGUCAUCAAUAAUGGUGGUGCUGGUGGCGCUGGUGGCGCUGGUGGCGCUGGUGGCGCUGGUGGCGCUGGUGGCGCUGGUGGCGUUGGUGGCGCUGGUGGUGCUGGAGGCGCUGGUGGCGCUGGUGGCGUUGGAGGCGUUAGCGGUGGUGGGGGCGGUGGCGGCGGUGGUGGUGGUGGCGGUAGUUAUGGUGGUGGUGGUGGUGGCGGGGGUGGAAAUAACCCGAGCACUCCUGGUACUAACGCAGGAAUUAAUACAGGCACAAACCCAGUUCCAAACUCUGACACAAGCCCAUCAUCAAACCCAGUCCCAAACCCAGUCCCAAACCCAACACCAAACCCAGAUACAAUUACACCACCAAGUCCAGUCCCAACCCUAACACCAAACCCAGUUCCAAAUUCAAUCAUAAGCCCACCAUCAAGCCAAGUUCCAAGCCCAACGCUAAAUUCAGACACAAGUCUAACACCAAGUCCAGUUGUAAGCUCACCACUAAACCUAGCCCCAAGUCCGGUACAAAACUCAGCCAUAAAUCCAGUUCCAAACCCAGACAGUCCGGCUCCAAGCCCAGGCAGUCCGGUUUCAAGUCCAGAAAGUCCUGCUCCAAGCCCAGGCAGUCCGGCUCCAAGUCCAGAAAGUCCUGCUCCAAGCCCAGGCAGUCAAGCUCCAGGCCCAAACAGUCCAACUCCAAGCCCAGACAGUUCAGCUCCAAACCAAGAGAUAAGUUCAUUUGCCAACAGUCCAGACAGCGGUCCCGGUAUUACGUUCCCUGGUAAUCCACGAACUGGACCUACCGGUGAUUCGAGUGAUACUGUUACUACCAGAGGUACGUUUAUUAGGAUAACAGAUAGCGUACAAAUAACAAAAUCUAUACAAUAUUUCUAUGAAUCUAUAACUUAUCAAUUUACAUUGACUACAUCUGCAGUGCAAAGUAUAAGUCAAACCGAGUAUUCCAAAUUCAUAGUAACUUCUUUGGAGAGUUGUAAAAAACAAUUCGAACUGAAUAUUAAUUAUUUAAAUUGUGUUACUGAAUUAUUUGUGAAGUAUUUAAGUACUUGUACAGUUGUUGGCUCUGAUACUUAUAUUCAGGCUCUAAAUGAAUUUAAUAAAGAUGUAACAGAAAAAUUAGUAGUUAUUUCUUCAGUGACGGAUAUAAUAUUUAAGAGAAUUACAAUCUAUCGUAUAGAAAACUGUUAUAUACCUGUAGCACCGACUAUUUCAUAUGAACAAUUUGUUACUCAGUUUUUUAGUUUCUUUAAAUUAGAUUUUACAGAAAUGAUAAACUCAAGUAAUAACAAAGCCGACGCAUUAUUAACUACUGUUGUGGCUAAAUUUACAACCGUACAUCAAACAGUAAUUACAGCAGUUCAAGGAGUACAAGAAAGUGAUUACAAACAAAUGACUUUAACAUAUUUAGAACAAACAAUAACAGUAUUUAAAGAGACGACCGAUACUUUAAUGACAGAAAUUACACAAACGCAAGGAUUUAUUAGUCAAGAUAGUCAAACCAUCCAAACAGCGUAUUUCCAGGAAAUCGUAGAACGAAUAUCAAUUGUUAUUUCAAUUUAUUCAACGGCUCUUGUCAAAAGUUUUACAUACGCGCAAAACUCUCAGACAGUUAAUAUAUACAAAUCUGAAGGUGAUACUACUGCUACUGAGUCUUCAUUUAGUGAAGUAGUAACUAAAGUUACUGAAAUAAAAGUGACACGCGUUUCUAAUGUGAAUUUACAAAUUACGCAGUUAUCACCAAGUGGGUAA